AUGGCAGAGUCAAGUGAUAAUCUUAAGGAUGUGUAUAGAGAAUUUGCUACGAUCGACGAGUAUUUUUAUGUGACGGAUGAAGGUCAAUUUAGAGUUGAUACUGCACACAAAUCAAUCAACGAUUAUUGUAAUUCCUGGUGGGACCAAGGAAAAGACAAUUGUCAUAAUCAUCUUGAAAUGACUAAUUGUAGUGUUAUUUAUUUGCUAAAAAAUUUUAAGAAGUAUGGUUUAGAAUAUGAUAAAUUUGCCGAAUACGUUAUUUUAUGGUUAAGUUAUAAACUAAAUAGAAAUCCACAACAUAAAUUCGACAAAUUAAAUGAUUUUUAUACUAAAUAUAUAGAAACAAAUACCCAUUAUAAUAAUAUAAUAAAUGAUGAUGGUAAUAUGACUUAUAAGGAUAUUAUAGAUAAAAAAAAAGAAUUGAUGGAUAUGAAUAUUAAUGAAAUAUCUAAAUUUAAUGGUCUAUUUAGUAUAUUAUUUUAUUUGUAUUAUUUAUUUAAUGUUGAACGUUUGAAUUGCGAAACAAAUUUGAAAUUAGCUAACAAUUUUGCUGAUAUAUUUAAAGAACGCAAUAAUGAUUCUAAUAAUAUAAAAGGCAGUCUAUAUAAUCAAAUAUUGUCUACAUUAUCAGAUGAUUAUAACAUUUUAAUAAAUAAAUAUGGUAAUAAAUGUACCAAUUUUAAAUCACUUACAGAAUUAAACCCCCAAAAAAUUCCUGUAGGAAAUUCUGUACAACCUACUGUACUAAGUCCUGAAGGUACACCAUCAAGUUCAUCGAUAUUAAACACAGUAAUUCCAGUUUUAUCGACAUUUUCUGUAAUAUCACUUUUCUUGGGAGUUGCUUAUAAGUAUUCAUUAUUUGGAAUUGAUAAACUAUUUCAAAGACAAUAUAUAAGAAACAAAUUAAAAAAAAUAACGAAGAAAAUGGAACUUAAUAUAUGA